AUGCUGUGGAGACAUAGAGGCGGAGGCCGGGAGCGAGUCUCUGCUUUCAACGACACAAGUGUAGCAGCUUCCUGUUCUCCGUGCAACCAGCACAAGGGGGUAACACCCACGUAGAGUUCCACGCGGUCGCCUUAGUUACGCUUUGGCUGUCAUUGAGACGCGCCUCUUCUCUCAAGUUAGUAACCGGUCGCUGUCGUCAUCACUUGUCUCGUAGCCCAUGUCGGUAGGGAUAUGGUAAGUCGCUGAGGAGGGAAAAGGACGGCAUUUAUUCUCUUGUGGAGGAUAUAUCUAACUGUGUCUGCAGGGACUAAUUGGCUUCAAAUUCCUGGACAAACUGCUGUCAUGUCCCUUAGCAAGAAAGCAAAGGAGCAAGAGGAAGCGCAGUGUAGACGGGUGCGUGAACUGGGGGCAAGUCCCGCUAACCGUCACUGCUUCGAGUGUGAGCAGCGAGGGGUGACUUACGUGGACAUCACCAUUGGUACCUUCGUGUGCACCACUUGUUCUGGACUGUUGAGAGGCCUAAACCCACCUCACAGAGUCAAAUCCAUUUCCAUGACCACAUUCUCUGACCAAGAAGUAGAGUUUCUGCAAAGUCGUGGCAAUGAGAUGUGCAGGAAGAUAUGGAUGGGCUUGUUUGAUGUGAGAUCAGCUGUUAUACCAGAUUCUAGAGAUGCUCAGAAAGUCAAGGAAUUUCUUCAGGAGAAGUAUGAGAAGAAACGGUGGUACGUUUCUCCAGACCAGGUGAAAGAGACCCCUGCUUCAGCAUCCACAGUCAGUAGACGUAAUACCUCUCCUGAAGUGAAGCCAUUGCGCACCCUUCUGACGGAAGCUGGUUCUAGUCGCACACUUCCAAGUCAGUCACAUGGUGGCAGUCAGACGCGGCUGUAUCAGAAGGCAGCGCAACAGCAGCAGUGGCCGAUGCAAGGGACAGAACCAACCAAGAAGAGUAACACAGACUUGCUUGCUGAUAUGGGUGGAGACCCCUUUGCACCUCCUCAGCCUUCACAGAGUUUCCCAGUAUUCCCUGCAUUUGGUGCCCAAAUGCCUGCGAACUCUGGAUUUGCUAACUUUGAUGCCUUUAGCUCCAACCCAGCUGCUUUUGGAGGGGUCUCCUCAACAGCUGCACCACCACUCCAGAGUCAUUCUUCUACAGCAGUGUGCCUGCCAGGUGAGAGGACCGUCAUGAAUAGCUCCAGUUUUGGUGGCACAUCAGCAGGCACUACCAAUUUUGCAAACUUUCCCAAAUCUUCCAGUGCAAGUUUUGGAGGGUUCAGUGCAGGUCAGAACAUGGCACCAGUCCAGACAUCUGCAAGCAAAAUCAGUGUGCCACCUGCAGACAAGUAUGCAGCCCUUGCAGAUUUGGAAAGUGUUUUCAAUGCAGGAGGAAGCAAUCAACAGACCAGCUUUGUCAGUACUGCAAAAGUCACUGCCAGUAAUUCAAGUGGGAUGACGGAGCUUGGUGUAUUUGGCACAAGUGUUCCUCAUGCUGGAACAGGAAGCAGUGCAAGUGUCAACGCUGGUCCUGCUUUUGGAGUUUUCACAAAUCCUUUCACUACCUCUGCAGCCCAGGUCCCUGUGUCUCAUACUAAUCCUUUUCAGGCAAAUGGAGUAGCAAUGGCUUCUGGAUUUGGUAUGGCCCCAACCACUGCAGCUUUAUUUGGGACGGUACCAAGCAGUGUUCAUACAGCAUUUCCCCAACAGGCAGUCUUCCCACUGCAGCAAAAUGGUACUGGAUUUGGGAGUUAUCAAACCACCAAAGUUGCUGCAAGACCUCCUGGACAGCCAAGUGGUGUAUCUACCAACCCUUUCAUGACUGGACCACAGACAAGGCAUUACACAUCAGGAACAUCAACCAAUCCUUUCUUAUAGCAGCUUUUCUGGACUAUAUUAGACUGCCUUAAAAGGACAACCAAACAUUGACGUUGAAAUGCAGAGCAUAUCAACCCUGAGGAUGCUGCCUUCUUACAGUGGGAGAUUGAAACUGGAGACAACAGCUUCACCUGUGUACACACUUGGGUGCAACUUUAUACAUCAGUGCAUGUCUAACAAGUGCGAGUGAGUGUUCACCUCUACAGGAAAUGCAGACUGCCCAGGGGAGAAGCCAGGAAUGAGGGCAUGUCCGUUUUUGAUGGCUGGAGACGUUCCAGCUCUUGUUUUGCAGAAUGUCUGUUACAGUAAAUUUUUUACUGAAAUCACAAAUAAUACUUUUUUUUUUUUUUUAACAUGGGGUGACUUGUAUGAAGCUGUUAUUCCCAUGGCUGCACAUCUGCACUUGCUUCUCACAUUUUUAUUGUGCUUUAAUUUUUACAUAUGUUUUAUAAAUGGACUAGCACACCCAAAGCUGUGAUUUUACAGUUCAUCAUGUACACCACAGUGAUUUAGGAAGGCAUUGUGGUUUGCUUCUUGUUUUGUAGCACAAUUGAUAGCAACACACUACCAAGUGUUGCUUUUAGUGAUGUGUAGUAAACCUAAUGUGCUGCAGGUCUGUACUGUAAAAUAUUAAGGUGAGGGACAAUCAUUUCCCAUUUUACUUAACAUAACUGAAGAAGAUGGCCACUUGAGAUGUUCAGCUUUUGGCCACUUUGAGCAUGAUUAGAUUUUAACGUUCAGUUUUUAUUACUAGUACCAUUUGUUCCCAUUCUACAUGCAGGUUAUCUUUUGUUUUUGAACUGUAUGUCCACACAGUGAAAACAUACAAUGUGCGAAUCUUCAUUUUUGAGAAGAUAAAUGUGGACUUAACUGUAGUACCACUGUUCUCAUUCUCUCUUUUUUGUCUUACCAGAGGAUAGUACACACCUUCAUUGCCUGGAUAGAUAGGUUUGACACAAUUCAGAAGAACAGUGGACAGCAAACUACAGAAAGAUUUUAGACUUACUAAUGCCUCUGGGGGAAAAAAAAAAACUGUUGCAAAGCUUAGGUACAGUUCAGUUUGCAUUUGUAUGUGUGUGCUUUAGUUUUUUUUUCUAGGUGCGUUCUCUACCCCUUCUUGCUGCUGUCAUGGUCACCCAGUCAUUUCUCACUGAUGCAAGUGCUCUAGUGCCCAUUCAUUUUCCCCACAGAGCGAGCACCACAGGAGCACAUUUAUUUCCUUAACAGGGGAAAUUAUUUUCUGGCAUGGCAGUCAUUCAACAUGCUUUGAGGGGGAUUUUCUACAUAGAUCCCUUUGUAGAAUCCACAAUCCCUAACCGCCUUCCAGUGGUGACAAGCACCCACAUCAAGGGAGCUACCAGUGCUCCCCUUACAAGAGGAUGUCAGCUCACUCCCACAUGUGCCCUGCCAGAGCUACCUGGUAUCUCAGCUUGGGUAGCCAUACCCACACCCCUUCUAACAAUCAUUGCAGUGCAUGUCAGGGCCAGCCUCCGCCUGCUGCUGAAGCAACAUUACAAAUGGUGAAGGAGUCGCCAGAUUCCUUUCCCUUGGAGAGGUGUGAUGGCAAAAAGCCACACCUCACCUGCCCCCCCAACUCUUCAGCACCUGAGCUGCAAUUCAAACUCUGGUGAUCUGGGUCUCAAUCAGGGCUCUAAUCUUCUGCACCACACAACUGGAUUUGAUAUUGUUCAUGUAUGCUCAUGCUUGUGUCUGCAUUUGUAGUAAAAUAUUCUGAUACCCUAGCAUAAAUUUUGUUACUUCACUCAAGAUUUGAAUAGAUUGUUUCCAGAAUUCUGUACUGUUAUAUUUACA